UAUCGGAAAAGGAAAAAAAUUUGAACAGAAAUCUAAGAACAGUUUGUUUCCUGUUCUCUUCAGUUUACGUGUUCUCGGGAUGGAUACCACCACGUGUCGUAUCGACAAUCAAAAUGCUUCUCAAUUUAAUGCACAACGAAAGUUUUAUCAGUGGGUACUUAAAUGGAUAAAUGGAGAACAUGCGCAUACUGACUGGAACAAUGAGGAAAUGCGCGAUAUUCGACAUUCAACGAAACCGGACGUACCAACAUUAGCCAGUUUUCUACAAGGGAUCGGAUUUAAGUUACUCUCAUUUGAAAAACAUAAUGAUCCACUUCUAUCAAGAACAAAUGAAAAUAAUAUUGAGGCACCACAACAACAAGGAGUUCUUAAAAUUGCAGUUGAAUGCGAUAUUUCAAAUAUGAGAGCAGUGUUAGAAUUAGGUGGAAUUACAUGUCAAUGUCCUAAUCCAGAUCAUAUCAAAGACGCAUCCUUUUGGAGCAUUAGUGGCACUGGACCUAUUGGAAGUACUGAUAAUAUUGUGCAAAAAGUGGAAGAAACUGGUAGUAAUCUAUUACCUCGUUUAUCAAAAGACGUUAUUCGAGUCUUGCGCGAUGUAUCAUAUAAAUUAUUUGACACAAUCGUAAACGAACCGGAUGUUAAUCGCAAUACAGAUGUAAAUUUAAACGUUUCGCAUACAAGUAAUGCGUCGUGUGGAUCCAAAACUAUGCUGAGUACUCUACCAAAAGAAAUUGGAGUUAUACGAAGUUAUACACAACCGGAAAUGUAUCUCCAUACAGACGAUGUCAAUUUAAGAUGUAUUCCUGAAAAGCAAAGUAAGGAUUCAAGUUCUGAUACACCUAUAAAUCGAGCUACAUCCCCAAUACAAUUAAAUAAACCUGUUUUACAACGUCAAAAAACAUGGGAUAUCGAUAUCGGAACCGGAAGUUUAGAUGAAGAACCACGGCCAUCGCCUCCAAAACUUACGAGUUCUCCUGCUAUAGUUGCUGAAUUAUCCAAUUCUUUAGGACAAAUUUCUUUACAAAGUGAAAUUGAAAAUCCUAAAAAUAUAACUGAAUAUAUCUUAGGUGCACAGCAAAACUUAGAAAAAGCUUUGAAAGUGUUAUUGGUUAAGAAACCAAAAAUUUGGAAUGAUUUAUCUCCUCAUCUAGAUACUGAUAGUGCAUCUGUGAAAUCGGCACCGGCAAAUAUAUCUCCAGCUGCUAUUAUUAGUCCUUACAAACCAACUCGAUCAAGUACAAAACCUUUAUCAAAAUUAAAUUAUUUAACGCACGAGCAACAGACACAAAUGAAAACAUUUUCGGGAAAUUUAACACAAACGCCGAGAGCACGACGUAAUAUCGAACCAACGCUUUCCAAAUCUGUAACACGAAGAAACGUAAAACUUGAACAAGAGAAUUCAAAUCACGCAGUUCGCCGUAGUAGCUUUUACAUUCCUUCAUCUGCUAAGUCUAAUACUUCGUUGCUAAAACCUUCGGACAUAGGACAAAAAUAUUUAGGAACUAGAAGAUAUAGUACAAGUAAAACAAAUGUCACGAUCGAUUCUGAUUUGUCAAAUAGAAAUUUCAUCACAGCAAAAAAGUUCGCAUCUCCUGAACAACAAAUCGAUGCUUCAUCAAACUUGGAAACACUUAAUACAACACAUAAUCGAACCUCGAUGAUUAAACCACCCACAAAAAUUUCAAAAUCAAUACCUAUCAAGAUAAAACCAAUAAAAUCUUCAAAGAUAAGCACAGAAAUAAUGAAAAAACCUAGAGUUAGCCUUUCAAAGGAAUAA